AUGGCGUUAGUAUCAUAUUCAGACUCUGAAGGUUCAGAUUCAGGAUCUGCAUCGACUACACAAUUAUUUGAAAAGAAGAAAGCAGCAGGCCCCACUGCACUUUCGAGUUCCCGCGAGUCCUCAAAACCAACUUUUCAACCUCUCACUGAUCGAAGGAAUCCAGGCAAGAUCCUCGUGAGCCUGCCUGAUGCAGAUGAGCAUGCCAGAUGCAAUGCUCAGCAAAAUGGUAGCGACGAUAAUGACGGUGAUGGUCCGGCGAGGAAACGCCCUAGAAUAAGUGCUCAGGGUGGUGGUGGGGGUGCGUUUUCGGGCUUCAAUUCUUUUCUCCCCGCACCGAAGCGGAAGGGACCUGUUAAACCUGGGCUGGAUAAGAGAAGUGAUGGGACGGCGGCACCCCGCAAAGUGUUUAGUUUGAAGACGGGGGCGGAACCGGGGUUCGACAGGCAGGCUGAUGAACAGAUGAAGUGGGAUCUCGAUAAUGGUGGCCUCCCUGGGACGACGGGGGAGGAGACUAAGGCUGGAGUGGCGGAUGGAUAUAGUAUUGGGGUAACUGAACCUGUCAAAGAGAAGGUGGAGGAACCUGCUGUUAAGCCGAAGGGGAAUGCGAUGAUGUUCAAGCCGCUGUCUGUGGCUAGGGGUACGACCAAGAAGAAGAAAGUGAGGACCACGGUGGUACCGCCUCCUCAGACUACGUCGUCAGCCGAUGGAGGGAAGCCAGUGCAUGAGACUAUGACAACAGCUGGGCAGAUGAAAGUCGGAGAUACCAUCUCUAAACCAGCUCCGAAACCUAAGAUUAGCCUCUUUGGACUUGGGAAGGAAGAGGAACAAGCACCGUCCGCUUUACCAUCCUCCUCUGCCCCCUACAUACCUUUAGGAUACAACACAUCCUCCGAACCCAACACAUCCUCCGAACCCCAACACGACACCUCCACCAUUAUACCCUCGGAGUCCUCAAGCCCUCCGCCCUCCGCACGCGUCCCCGAACAGCAGCGUCAACAACCGCAAACCCUCGCCAGCAUCGCCGAUGAUCUGAAUCUUACCCCCGCUCAGAAACGGCAACUGCUGGGCCGCCAGGGCGUCUCUUCAUCUGCUUCCAACGCCGCUGGCGCGACACAAUCGAACCCCAACAUAAUAACAUUCAACACAGAUCAGGAGUACUCCUCCAACAAUGCAUUCCUCCUCACUGCAUCAGAGGUAGAACUAGCUGCCCAACAACAUAAUCCUGUUCGUUCAAUUGCGCCGGGUAAACACAGCUUGCAGCAGCUGGUUAACGCAGUUAGUACUCAGCGUGAGGCACUGGAGGAGAGUUUUGUGGCUGGCAGGAGGAACAAGAGGGAGGCAGGGAACAAGUAUGGAUGGUAA